UAACCUUGACGAAGAUCAAGAUGAUUAGGAUAGUUAGGAUAAUUCGCAAGCAAACCAAUACUGAUAUAAGUAUUGUCAAACGAAAGUGAAAUAAAUUGUAGGACAAGAAGCUGGUGAUUCUUGAUUCUGCUGUUGAGCUUUAAACAAGUGUUUUAUCAGUGAAAAGAAAGAAAACCCCCAAACGUAGUUAGUACCAGAACCGGGUGAACUUAUAAAUAUAAUCUACUGGUAAUUUAUAUUAGUUUACUUUAACGGUGUGAAAUUCGAUAGGAGAGCGAUCGCCAAAGGGUGAUAUAUACAGUGAGAUUGUUGAUCUGUUAUACGGAAAGUAGUUAAAACGACGUUGCGAUUUUAUCAGCUAAUUGGCUGGAGAAGCAUAUUUUGGCGGGUUAGUUUAGCAGGCAAGCCGGGUUGAACCUGAUGGUAGGCGUGGGAGUCAGUUUCGUAGGCGUCCGGAUUAUUCUUCUCUUAUAUGUGACUUCUGCGGUGUCAAGGGGCACAUAAAGAGAAAGUGCUUUAAAUUACGAAACAUGCAACGUGACUCCGUUAAGUUUGUUGAGGAUGAGCAACGACCAGGACCGAGCAGUGUUCACGAUUUAUAUAAAGUUUUUAGUCAGAUGCAAACGGAGGACGGCGGCAGCGACGACGAGGAUGAUCGCGAUAAAGGUUGCUAUUGGAAACGUAACAACCAUGGCACAUCGGACGCAGCUGCGCCGGGACCAAACAAUUGAAUCAGUGCGACCAAAUGUUACGGUACCUCUGCAGAUAUCAGGCGGGAAUACCUGCGGAAGCGACGAGGAAGAACCAUUUGAAGGAUAUGCGGAUGCCGAAAUACAAAGAACGAUAAGAAGAAAACGUAAACACGUCGUAGACGAAUCGAUUAAUGUCGACACAAGACGCUCGAAGAGAGUUCGGUUGGCCAGGGCCAAGGAUGAUUUUGUUUAUUGUGUACAAAUGUGCACCAUCCUUAACCUUGACGAAGAUCAAGAUGAUUAGGAUAGUUAGGAUAAUUCGCAAGCAAACCAAUACUGAUAUAAGUAUUGUCAAACGAAAGUGAAAUAAAUUGUAGGACAAGAAGCUGGUGAUUCUUGAUUCUGCUGUUGAGCUUUAAACAAGUGUUUUAUCAGUGAAAAGAAAGAAAACCCCCAAACGUAGUUAGUACCAGAACCGGGUGAACUUAUAAAUAUAAUCUACUGGUAAUUUAUAUUAGUUUACUUUAACGGU